GGGAGCAGCAGGAGAUCAGUUGAGAAGGAAGAAAAGAUACACAGUGAAAGAGGGGAGAGAGAGGAGGACACUGCACUGACACAAAGCCACUGCCCUUUGCAGCUGGAGGAACUGCCCUUCAAACUUGAGCACGAAACCCUUUGCCUGGAGGAGAGCAUGUUUGGGUGAUCAGUCUCCGCUCUCAAUAAAGGAGAAAAGGUCAAAGCUGCGUUGGCCCUAUCGACUGGCAGCAAACUGUGAGAAGAGCACAAGAGGGUGUCGUGAAGAUACGGCUCACGAGAUUCACCAGCUUGUAGAAGUCAGCUCAACCCUGCUUCUACUCUCUCUAGAGAGGUCACCGCGCCGCCGCUGUCGAGUUCCUGUGGCCCAUCUGAUCCGUCCGCCAUGCAGUCCGCAGCAGCUGUGGUGCUGCUCCUCACCUGUCUCACCUGGACAGCAGCUAUUCUACACCACGGUGGACAAACCGUGCAGAAGACGCUCCGCUACCUGCUGGAGCCGCCCGUUUACGCGGAAGUGUCGGCUCGCCGGGGGGCGAACGCCACUCUGCCGUGUCUGCUGCGCUCCAGGCCGCCGCACUACAAAGUGAGGUGGACCAAAGUGGAGCCGCUGCCUCGCGGCCUCCAGAACGUGGUGCUCGUCACCAACGGCCACGCGCACAAGGCGUACGGACCGCUGGCGCGCAGAGCGUCCCUGCGGCGCGCGCACCCGCUGGACGCGUCGCUGCGCCUCGUGAACCUGGAGCUCGAGGACGACGGGCAGUACCGCUGCGAGCUCAUCAACGGCCUCGAGGACGAGAGCGUGGUGCUCACCUUGAGGAUCGAAGGCGUCGUGUUUCCCUAUCAGAGCAGCAGCGGACGUUAUAAAUUCACCUACCGGCAGGCCAAGGAGGCUUGCGAGGCCCAGGACGCCACGCUGGCAACUUUCCAUCAGCUCUACAGAGCGUGGACGGAGGGGCUGGACUGGUGCAAUGCAGGAUGGCUGAAGGAUGGGACAGUCCACUACCCGAUACUGCACUCAAGGGCACCGUGUGGAGGGGACCACCUUUUACCUGGCAUUCGCAGCUAUGGUCCCAGACACAAGACUGAAGACCACUUUGACACCUUCUGCUUCACCUCCAUAACAUCAGGGCACGUGUUUUUUGUGGACGAGCGCCUAAGUUUCACAGAAGCUGACCGAGUUUGCAGGGAUAAGGGGGCCGAGCUGGCCCGUGUCGGACAGCUGUACUCAGCCUGGCAUUUCCGGCGCCUGGACCGCUGCGAUGGUGGCUGGCUGCAUGAUGGUAGUGUCCGCUUUCCCAUCACUGCACCAAGGGAGCACUGUGGGGGCUUGCCCAACCCAGGAGUGCGGAGCUUCGGCUAUCCCGACCAGACUGAGCGCCUCUAUGGGGCCUACUGCUAUGGCUAGCAGAACUGGGGGGAAAAAAAGAAUGGCUUCUGUCUCUUGCUUAGGGGAUGGAGAACUAUGGUGGCGUUCAGACGCGUUAUAUAUGGCAAUUAUUCACAUGGAAAUUGGAUGCAGCUCAGACUGUUUCGAACUGAAUUUGUGAACACUGACUGCUACUGGUCAGGAAUGGAAGACCAUUAAACUGUGAGCACACAAGUGAAGCUUCGGUAUGCCAAGUCUGUACAGGUGUCUCUAUGGUCAGAUAAUGUAAAAACUGCUUUGCUUUGUGGAUGACCCUUGAUUCCAAAUUAUGCCAUUUUGUGAAUCGAAAACGUAACGAAAAAAUAACUACAAACGUACUGGUGUAAAGGCCCGUACAAAUACUCACUCACUGACUCCCGUUAACUUGUUCUAGUGUGGUUUGCAGCGGUCUGGAGUCUGUCUCAGAAGCGCAGGGUACGAGGCUUAACAGGGUACCCCCUGGAUGGGAAGCCAGGU